AAAAGAUGGCAACAUAUGAAACAUAUAGUGAAUUCAUCUGAAGUGAUGUUUGAUUAAAAGCGUGCAGUUUCGAUUCGGUUUGUUAUUGUUGUUAAUGUACUGAUAGAGUAUCUAAAAUGAAUGGAAAAAAAUCUUCAUAUUUGAUUGGCAUCUUACUGAAAUCUGAUGGUUUUAAAUUUCAAAAUGACGGCCAAGAUCAGAAUGAUGGAGCAGUAAUUGGAUCAGCUGUGUGCUCCAGUUUGUCUAUGCUGUGUAAAGAAUUUCGUCAACUUAUAAAUGCCAAAGUUACAUUUGUUCCUCAGAAUUUUCAGUUUUUAAGUAAAAAUGGUUGGCCUAUAGAAAAAAGUGAAGAAGGCAAUGUAGAAAUUUCUCAGUUACUUCAGUCUGGAACUGUUGCAAUUCAAAAAUGCUUUGAUUUACCAAGGCUAGGCAUCAAAUGGGUGGAUGGGAAAUGGAUUGGAUUUAUUUUUGUGAACUAUAAUAACUACUUGGCUGACAUUCGAGUCAAAAUUCAUGAAGAUCUUGCUGAUAAACUUCAGGGGAGUGAUUUUGAAUUUCUUACAGUGAAUGAAUGUCCUGUGUCUCGAGCACAAGAAUAUAAACUCAGUGUCUGGGACAUCUGCAACCUAAAUUUCUGUAUUCUAAAUAAGGUGUCAAAUGUUAGAAAGCUGGAAACAUUCAAUACUCAGAAUCACAAGUCUAGAAAAAGACCUUCAAAGUUAAACCAUAAAGCUUUAAUCAAAAAACAAUCGCUAGUGAAAAAUGGCAAUCCUAAUUCGAUACUGAUAAGUUACGUUCAUUGUGAAGCCACCAUGCACGCUCGAAAUUUGAAAGCUGAACUACAAAAUAUGGGUCUGGACAGUGUUUUUCUGGAUAUCGAUGACAUUCCACCCGGCCAAGAUUGGCAGGAUGUAAUUAAUAAUGCCUUAAAUAAUUGCACAGCUUUUGUUGCUUUAGUUACUCCUAGAUAUGGAGAGACUAAAUGGACUAAUCGAGAAGCCAAACUUGCCGAUGAUAAAGAAAAACAUAUAAUUCCUGUAAGUUUUCUGGAUAAAUGGCCACCUGAUCAGCUAGCUAUACAGUUUCUUUCUCUGCAGUACAUUCCUUGGAAGACAGUUGAUGAAAUAGAUAACGAUAAAGAUAACGCUUUUGAUGAUAUUAGUUCCUGGGAUCAAAGAUGUGUUCAUAGAGUUGCUAAAGAAAUUAAGAAAAUCUGUAUGGAACAAGAAGUUUCAACCCCUGAUAGUUUAUCCCUUUUGGAUUCUAAACCAAUGCUGUCAAAUGGAAGUUUGCCAUUUUAUUCUCCAACUGAAUCCCAACGGAGCAAAGAUAAAAUUGUAAUUAGUGCUCAUUCGGCUCAAAAACAAUUUGUAGAGAAAAUUACAAAUAUGUUGAAAGAAGAAAACUAUGAAGUGUGGUCUUCAGUAGAUUUUGCAGAUAACUGUGGAGACUUUGAUUUCUUAUGUGAUGACAGUCAUUCUCAAUCUCCUGUUUUUGAUGCCUAUUGUCAUGAGAAAGCAUAUUCCAGCGCUAGCGCAAUGAAUAAGCUCAACCAAUACUCAUAUCCUGAUUCUAAAAUUAUUUCCCCAUGUGGAAGAGGUCAUGAGUAUGAUAAUCUAAGGAAUAUGAAGUUUAACUUUAGAAGACAAGUUAAAGAAGCGAGUUUUGUAAUAGUUGUAAUGUCAGAAGAUUAUUAUAAAUCGAAAAUUUGCGUACAACAGGCUUAUUACUGUGAACAGCGGGUAGAUGUGGUUGUCAUCAAAUAUGGAAUGUUUGACAUUGACAAUAUUAUUCUGAACUUUUUUCCUGAACAAGAUAUGUUAAAGUUUACAGAGAAUCAAGAUGAAAACGUUAUAUUUGGCAGCUUAAAGAAAGAAAUUAUCAAGAUUCUUCAUGAUGGAACAUCUAGAAAAUCUUAUAAAGAUCAAAUUCAAGCACAGGUUAAGAAAUUAUCUUCUGCAUUAAAAAUUGAUACAUGUGUUUAUGUAAUCGGAGGUACAAGUGGAAUUAGUAAAAACGCUGAACAAUUUUGCAUAUAUUUAGGAGCUGAAUUAGCCAAACUGAUAAAUCUGACUUUAGUAACAGAAGGUUUCUUUGGUGCUGGCGAUUUAGUUGGGAGAAAUUUCUGUGAAGAAAAAGAAAUCAAAGCCAAAGGGCAACGCCACAGUAUAUACCAUGUAAUUCCACAUAAAGACCAUAGUAUUAAUGCCAGAAGAGCAAGACAAAAAGAUGAUGGUUCGUUCGAAAAAAUUCCGUAUGGCCAGACACUAUUUUAUGGACAUUCCAUUUCUGAGAGAGAUGAUAUUGUAUCAUCAACUUUCAAAAUUUGUCUCCUGAUUGAAGGUGGCGAAAGAAGCGCAUGUUUGGCUGAGAAGUUUUUAUGGAAUGAUUGCAUUGUGAUUCCUGUUAUUUUUAAUAAUCGUGCAAUAGCUUCAAAGCGUUGUCUAGCUGAAAGUUUGAAAAAGGUUCCUAGUGGAGUGAAUCCUUGUGACUGGUCUGCCUUAAAUGAUGAGUACACUGCACCUGAUGCCUUAGCAAAAACUGUAAAAAAAAUUGUGACUGCAUUACUUAGAAAAGUUCUUCCAAAACCACCAUUAACAAAACAAAGUAUAAAGGCUCCGUCUUAAUAUAUUUAUUUUAUAUUUUUUACGAUUAGAAAUUGUAGUUGUCAUGAAUAUUUUUAUAUGUAAUUAAAUUAUCACUUCAUUUGUUACGGGAUACAAAACAUACUGGUGAGUUUUAAUAUUUGUUUGUUUGUUAUUUAAUGUUUAUGAUCAUGUUAAUGAAAUAAAAUAUUUUUGUUUUGUA